GACAUUCGUGUUUCUACAUAUUGUUAAUCUGUGAUCCACAUAUUUUUGAAGGAUUGGGUCGCUAAUUAAUAAAUUAAAUUAUUUUACCCUUUAAAUACUCCACAACUUGUUGAGUUAGUUGAUAUUAAAGAUAGUUUAAUCACUGUUGAUAUGGGAUUAUAAUGGCUGACGAAAAUCAAUGUGGAGAUUCUGUACCGCCGAACAAUGAGAAAUCUGAUAUUGAAUCUAAAGAAAAUGGUGAUGCUGCAAAGUUAGACAAAAUAAAAAUUGAUAUUUUAUUAAAGGCAACUGGAAAUGCUCCAAUAAUGAAGAAGAAAAAAUGGGCUGUUGAUGCUGAAAAACAAAUUGGUUGGAUUAUGGAAUUUGUAAAAAAGUAUCUAAAAUUAGAACCUGAUGAAAAAUUGUUUUUGUAUGUAAACCAAACGUUUGCGCCAUCACCAGAUCAAAUAGUGAAGAAUUUGUAUGAUUGUUUUGGUACAGAUGGGAAAUUGGUUUUGCACUAUUGUAAAAGUCAAGCCUGGGGAUGAACUAGGCUCGAAAUAACAAGCAUUGAAAAGAACCAAAGACAUUCUAAUCAGUGAUAACAUUAUUUAAUUUAAAUAAUAGUGUCCUGAUACUAGUGCUGAGCCGUUUAUCAUGUGAUUUUUUAAGCUACAAACAACAUUUUUGCAUAAAUACAAAAUAUAUAAAUAAAUUUAAAUGCAAUUUAUAAAUAAGUUGCAUUGGCUUGCAGUUUAAUGUAUAAACAUCGUAUUUUGUGUUAAAAGUAUAUUUUGUAAAUAAAUAUUAUUACAAUAGCAU